UCAUAAUAUAUACCCAUGAAUCUGCCGUUGCCACAUUCUCCUUGUGUGAGUCAAAUCGUAGCAGAGUUAAGAGAAUAGAAGAAGCAGUGCUUCUCAUCUUCUUUAGUUAUGUCCCCUUUGCUAGGAAUGGCCCUUAUCAGUCUCUGGACGUCCGGCAAACAUGGUACCGCAGUGGGAGGUGCUGCUGUCAAGCAAAUCCUCGCUGGUACGCAUCCAUCAUCUAUUCACGACAUCAUGUGUAAUACCCCAACGCAUGAUAUCAAACUAGCUAUUCAAGCCUUGCAGGAAGUCUGGGAUCUCCUUGAAAAGGAAAUCUCAAGCUUUCGACACAACAACAAUGUCUUCCAAAACGCCUAUCUUUCAAAGGAUGAAUGCUUCAUUAUUUCGACGAUGGUACCGACCCUGCUGUCACCGGGCUUAGGUGAGGCAGCAUUCCUCGCAAGCAACAACUUCACAAACCGCCAUCCCGCAUUGAAGCGAAAACGGCCGGAUGAAAGUGAAGAUGGAGAAGGAUCCAGAGUGAAGAGAUUGUCAACCAAAAACCAACGAGGGGAAGAGUCUUCACACUUAAAGCGAAAACGCUUUAGUGAAAGCGACGGCGAGGAAGAACCUAGAGUAAAGAGAAUGGCGGUCUUUCCCGACACCGCCCCUCCCUUAUUUUCGCCAUGGGCCAGGAGAGAAGAUCUCGCGCCACCGUCAUUGCCAAUUGAUGGAGUUGCACGGUUGUCUGUGGGCGACAAUUCAAUUCCGCGCCCUGAAAAGCGGAAACUUGACAGCUUCAGGGAAUUGGUAAUGCAAGCAGAUGAGCAGCUAUUUGGUAAGAGAGCAAAGCAUAAGAACAGCAAUGACCAUCUCGAGCCAACGCCAGGACCAGUGAUUGGUGAUGCGGAACGUCGUAUCAAGUUAGAGCAGGAUGAGAAGGGCGAAAUCAAACCUAAGCCUCUAUGGGACAUUCCUCGUUAUACUGGCGGCCAGUAAUUUCAACGAGUGGUCCAUAUUAUACAAGUAGAGGUGGAUCCUUUUUUUUACUUUUUUUUAUACAGUAUCGCCUUUUUUUCUCCCCUUUAUAAAUUGAUUUUCUAAGCAUGCCCUGUGUACUAUGUGAUAUAAACCCAUGGUUAAAGUCCUAAGCACAUUUAAAAUUGAGGUAUACGGUAGAGAAAUAGUUGAUCAAUCAUCUC